UAUCAAAUCACGAAGUCACAAGAUGUCAUGUAAUCAUAAACAUGAGCCCGCGAUCCUCCAUAGCAACCACUCUAGGUGACGCAUUGUAUUAGUUUUCAAAAGUUUGUGUUCAAACUAAAGUUACAGGAUUAUCUUAGCUUUCCGUCGACUAUAUUUGAUGCAAGAAUACUUUUYGAACGUUUYUGAAUUGCUACAUWAAUAAUGGCAACUAUCACGGAAACAUUUCGCUCUAAUUCGCCUUAUGGGACGUUUCGAAUGCAUCUUCCAGAGGAYCCUAUAUCUUGGCAACAACGUGCUCAAAGACAAAAGGUUUCUGGCAAGUUUCCUYYAACUAUCGGCAUCCACGAACCACUUUCAUUUCAGAAAGCAGAUCAUAAUUUUCGAGCUCGCGAAGAAACUGGAGAGACGAGACCUGAUGCACCAAGACGUCAAGAUACACCAGUAGUYGACACUAUAAAUGGGUUUACAUCGGUGGGUGCGGAAGCUGAAGAUGGUAACUAUAGAGUUAUUGAACCUCUUAUUCAUAAGAAUCCUGGACCACAAGCAUCGAAUCCUUAUGAAAGACAUGCGAUUUCACCGACACAAAAACUACCUUGGGAGACGAACCAGAAAGAAUUGGAUCGCAACAACAGUAAUACAGGAAAAGAAUUCUUGAAUAAGACAAAUUCAAAUGCAGAAAAAUUUAAGAGCAAAGAAUGGAGAGAUGCCGUUGCUUUAAAAGCAUUUUACACCUCUGAAACCCAAAGGAUGUACAGAGGAGUUGAUUGGGCAAAUAGCCUUCCACCACCUGUCAUACCUCCAACAAGCACGAUUGAGUCUAGCCCUGAUGUUGUUACAAGGAAURUUCUUGAAAAGAGAUAUGAUGGCAGACCAAGAGUUUGGCAGCAAUUAGGAAGCUCACCACAAAGCUGGGAUUAUGUCCAGUCAAGGAAUGGAUACUACAGAACAGGAAUUGUUAAUUUUUGCAGUCCUAGUAAAAAGACUGGACAAAUUCCAGGAUACAGUGGAUUUACACCUGGUCAUGGUGAAAGGGACAACCCCAAUGRAAYGUUUACAAAAAUAGCAUAUGUCAGAUCACAUAAACCAAGAUAUACAGAUACUUCAAAGAGGAUCAACAUUCCAGGCUACACAGGGAUUCCAUUGUUCCCAGGUGGAGGACCAAAUAAAGAUACACGUAUACAAUCUACUACUACCGGCAGGACACACAGAAAGCUGCAAGUUCCAGCCACUCUUAAUUUAUCUCCAUUCAGACAUGAAUCACACAUGUCAAAAAUGGUAACGCUGGUUCAUCCAUACAAUCCAUUUAAUAAAGUUGCAUGAAAAAGGGUUUGUAUGUUUCCAUGAAAACUGUUCACUUAUAUAGGUUCUUCAUCUCAUUCAAUCAAAGUUGCCUAUGGCAUUUUUACCCUCCAUAGAGAUAAAGAACUUGUAUUUUUGAAUGUUUGUUCAUGGAACCAUUCAGUCUGAAAUUCUUGAGUGGUUUGAGAGUCCAACAAACUAUUGUUAUUAUUUAAAUAUUGUACAUACYAUGGUUUUUCAAUUCCUCAAAAAAUUGUGAAGUGUUUCCAUUAAAAGUUAUUUUUAAAGAUAAAUAAAAAUAUGUGUAUAAAAAUUGCUUGACA